GGGAUGGCAACGACGAGGACGAAGGAUAAUCGCCGUGUUCCUCAUUGUCGUGAGUCCCGUGCUACUUAAGGAGAGAAAACGCGUUGAAGUCGUGCGGAGAUCGCCGUGAAGGAAGGUGGCCAACGACGACAACGAGGGACAACGAGUUGCGUCGAAGGGUUAAGUAGCAGCAUGGAGACCUGUGAGAAGGAGAAGCCGCUGGUGAAAGACUUGAACGAACAUAUCGUCUGUCCUCUCUGCAGGGGCUACCUCGUUGAUGCCACGACCCUCACGGAAUGUUUGCAUUCCUUUUGCAGAGGCUGCAUAGUGAGACGUCUGAGCAACGGCGCUCGAUUGUGUCCUGUAUGCAACGUGUCGGCAUCGCCGCCUCUUUUACCGGAUCCUCGACUUCAAAGGUUGGUCUAUCUCGUGGUUCCGGGUCUUUUCCGUUCGGAACUCGAACGCAGGCGACACUUCCGUUUGGUAAACCCGCAAUGUCCGCCAUUACCGUCGCCAUUCGGGGCAUUGGAACUAACAUUGGACGAUUUCGUGAGUCUGAGCCUUCGCGAGUUAACGGACUCGAAGGACGAAGAGACUCGAGGAGAACGAUCGGUUGCUUCGGCCGUAGAGGAGAAGGGUAACGAGGAGACUUCUGUUCGGGAGCCUACAACGAGAUAUCUCAAGUGUCCGGCUGCUGUGACGGUCCGUCAUCUCGUUCGUUUGUUGACUCUUAAAAGAGGUUGGGAAGAGAUGAAUUCCGGAGUUAACACGGCUAACAGGAUAGAGAUGACAUGCGAGGAUUACAACGGAGAUCCUCGCGGUCGCCGGAAGCCGGACGUUUUAGAAAUGUCUUGGACGUUGUUGGACUUGGCUUGCAUCUUCGGAUGGAAGAAGGAAGCACCGUUGAAGCUAUUUUAUCGUAUCGUCCGAAAGGAAGAAACAGCGUCGACUUCGAAGUCUAGCCCGUGUAACGAGGAUACCAACAAGGACGGUCCUACCAUCGAAAAUAUUCAAAGACCGCCAACGCCACCGCCGAGUCCAAAGCCCGUGCAAGAGAACGACGUGGAAUCUCGGCGAACGUUCGGAACUGGGACGGAAGCUCCUCGUGCUUUGGAAACUACGAAGGAGCGAGAAAAAGAGACCAAAUCAAAGAAACCCCGUUGCGAAGUCACUCCCGUGAUGAGAGCGCCGGAUCCCGUUGGCAUCUCCUCGGUCGCGAUGCAGCAGAGCAAUCAUACUUCGAAGAGUUCAAGGACAAAGGAAUUAGCGAGGCUGGAGCAUCGAAAGCGAAGGAAACGGCGAAACAAACGAGUAAUCGCGGAAAUCACUACUACACCGAGAGAGGAUCUCCUCAAGCUGAAGGUCAGGUUAACUCCUUGUCCCCCGAGAAUUACGUCCAGUAGUAGUAGUGGUCAGGCUAAAGAGAAAUUGCUACAAAUGAGGGCCGUCCGACGAGAGAAGAUCAAGGCGAGCGCGUUGAGUCAACAACGUUCGGUAAAUUUACCUCGGGAAGAGAAUAAUGCCACGGGCAAGGAGUGUCCCGUGGAAUCCGAGGAAACGAUAGAGGAUAUCAUAGAUUGUAUACCGGACGAGGUGGUCAGAGUCGCCCAGAACAUUACCGUUCCGCCGCAGGACGAUAAAUCUUCUCACGAUAAGAAAGAUAAUCAGAAGUCUCCGAAGGUGCCGAUUCGUCAGAAAGAGGAGACUCAAGCCGCGGAGACGCGCAAGCCGCCGAUCGAGGAGACCGUAACGAGCGUGGAACGUCCGAAGAAGGACGAGGAGAUUCUACGCAGGCUGGGCUUGGUAGCGAUAAACGAAGCAAGCGAGUCUCCGUGCGAGAAGACGAAGCAACGCGGUCAGAAUCACAACGAGAAACCGAACGACUUGGAUCGCGAAAAGUUGGAGAAACAAUUACGGGAGAGCAAGGCGAAUCGCGUUAGGAGUUUACUCGCUGAGAAACAAAUGCGGGACGCAUUGAAAGGUAUAAUGUCCAAGACGAAGGAAGAAGGAAGUUCUUCGACGUCCUCGACGCAACAAGGUACAGGUGGUCCCUGCCCCAAAAAGAAGGGUCCACCCCCGUUGGCGCCUUUACGAGUGGUUAAACCUUCCUCCGGAUUCGCCGUAACAAGCACAAUGGUGGAAUCCAACAACCCAAAGUACGAAACUCCGUUAGACCUGAGCAGCGGCGGGACGGUUAACGACAACGUUCUCGAUUUGUCCUCGACAUUGCAGAGUUCCUCCGUAGGUUUUUCAGCGUCAUCGGCUUCCUCCUCGCCGUCUCCCUCUUCCUCGUCCAGUUCUUCUUCCUCGUCGUCGUCGUCUUCUUCUUCUUCUUCGUCCGUCUGUACGCCACCUUCUUUGCCAUUACUUAGACCUCAACAGACCAGCCUCACGAUGGGUAGCUUCCUUCGCAAGUCCAAGGAGAUGGAACAACGUAAAGGACAAGACACCAAUCUACGAACUCUCUCGGAUGUUGCGGUUUCUCGUCUCAGCGGCUGCAUCAACGACAAGAAUUCCGUCGAGCCUCUCCUACUUGGUUCCACUAGUAUCGCUGCGAGCAAGGUCGCCUUGCGUAUUCCACAACCGCAUCACCGUAUAUCUGGCUAUGGUAUGAAAAACAAGCCGAAUCUUGGUGUACGGCAUAUACCCAAUCCUCAAGCUGUCGUCGCUUCUCAAUACAGAAAUCAAAGAGCCAUUUAUUUCAACAGCCUUUCCCAGCAUCCGCCGUAACGAUCGUCUUUCGUGGAUCACGCCACGUAGGCUUCCCGAAGCCGCACCUCCUUCUCAUUCAUCCGCCUAUUCCUCUUGACUAUAUGCGAUAACAUGCAACAACCAAAGGACAUUCCUAUACGAUUUAUCAUUCGCUCAUAUGUACCUAUUUAAAUAUACAUAUAUACACACGCAUCGUACAUACAUAUACAUAUACACAUAUAUAUAAUAUGUAUAUAUAUGUACACUAUAUACGUCGCCGACGCUUCGAUCGGUGUAUUCUCUGCCACAAUCCCAACUUCCCGAUUUCUUAAUAUCAAAAUACCAAACUCGUACGCGAUACGGACUGCCAACGUUGGAAGAAUCCAAAAUUCUUCCGGUGAUCGCCUUUCCUUUGUAACGAUGUGUUUCCUAUAUGCUAUAGUACCGUGUAUGCAUGUCAUUUGUGAUAGAAACCGAACGACCGAAUUUAUCCAAAGUACCUAUUUGUCUCUGUCUCUCUCUCUCUCUCUCUCUCUCUGUCUUCACUCUUUCCUCCUCUCCCUCUUUCGAUAUUAUAAAAGAAGAAUUUCUAUGAUGUUUUUAAACGAUAUUCCUUUCCACCACUUAUAUAACAUGCUAAAAUAUCUAUUUGUAUAAGAAACGACGUAUUAAAAAGAAAAAAGUACCCCUAUGUCGAAGAAGUAAGAACGAGGUAUCCUUUCCUGUUAUAGUUAUCGCCGUUUAAAUCAUCGACUGGUCGAACGAACGGUUGAUUCCUUCCUCGUUCUCGUUAUGUGAUAUUAUCUAUUUUCGUUAAACGAUUUUAUUACACCCCGUGCGCGUAAUUAAGCGCGUUCCUGCAUAUCUCUGUCGCUUCGUGAACGGACACGCCAUCGAGAUCUCGCUCGAGAAACCCGUAAUAUACAUAUACGUAGUAUAUGCGUGCGUGUUUAGGUUUGCGAAGAUGACGAAAAGAAAAAAUGUAAGAAGGACGAGCGUCUUUUCUUGUAUGUGUGUAGUUUAUAAGUGGAUGACGAUACGUUUUAAAACGGAACGAUUAAAACAAGAAAUGAAAAAGAAAAAUGUAUGUUUGUAAAACGUGUCUGCGUGUCUAUUGAUUCGAUCAUUUCGUUUUAACAAGGUUAACAUUAUUUUCGCGGUGGAUGACGUUAUUAUUCGAAAAAAAGAAAAGAAGAAAUAAAAAAGUGGGAAUUAAAUCUUUUCGUUGGAUACGUACUCGAGAUUAUACGUGACGGUCAACGAAGCAGAUUAUACGGGGAUACAUACAUACGUACAUAUAUAUGUGUGUGUAUGUUUGUUUGUGUAUAUAUUAUGCAUAUAUAUAUAUAUAUAUACACAGAUACAUAUAAACUCAUAUUCAUGCGCGUGUAAAUAAAAGACGCGAAAGAAACGGUGGUUGAACCAAUGGACUUAACCGGAGACAGAUGUGUCGUAUCACCAUUACCGCCCUCGCGUCUUUUUCCCUUUUUCUUUGUUUUUCCUCUUUUUCCUUCUCUUGUUCUCUUUCUUUUUCUUUUUUCUUUUUUCUUUUUUCUUUUUUUUUUUUUUUUACCAGUACCCUAGCGAAACGUGUAAGUACUUCGUAGAGAUGCCAAAGAAACGAAAGAGAAUGUGUGCAAUGUAUUAGUGCAAUUUAAUUAUUUAAUAUAAUAUAUACAUGAAAAUAAAAAAAAAAUCUAUAUAUAUAUAUAAAUAAAAAUAUAUAUAUAUAUAUAUAAUCAAACUAUCACGGUGUAACAGUGAAGUACAUACGUUCAUGAUAAAAGAAAAAGUAGAUAAUAGUCGAGAACAAAGGAUUACGCGAUACAGUAUGUGUAUGUACGAAUGUUCUCGCGUAUCGUCGUACGAAUGAAAAGAAAUUUUUGUAAACCGCAACGCGUCCUUUUUGCGAAACUUAAAUAAAUAAUAGAUUGUAUCGAAGAAAAAAUUUCGUCGAAAGGAGAAUAUCAUUUCUCGCUAUAUACAUCCCUUCAUAGAGAAAAUAAAAAGAAAGAAAAAGAAGAAGAUACAAAAGAAAAGAAAAGAAAAGAAAAGAAAAAACAACUCGAUAUAUUGGCUAUAGAAAAUUCUAAAAAUAAACGUACUCCAAUGUCUAUGUCAAUAUCGGUAAUAAAUGGGGUUCGUAGUUCUCUAGAGAAAAGUGGAAGAAAAAAAAAAAAAAAAACGCUACGCUACUACCGAUUGUAUUGUAAUGGAUACGAGUGAAAAAUCUUUUUUUAAUAUAACGAAGAUGUUACGACGACCGCCAUUAAAUGCUAUAUCAAAAACUGUACGAUCGUGUUUUCGUUGAUCGAAUAAAUGAAUAAAGGUUUAAUUAAUCAAUACAGACGCAA